CUUCCUACUUUGACCUCUUAGCAUGAAUUUGCGUCAGCCAGAAGCGGAAGGUAAACAGUAUUCAGCAGUUUAAAUGUGAGUAAAUCGUUCUUCUUUUGCCUCCACUGAGCUCCUGGCCUGCGGGGUAAACUCCGCGAUUUCGGACUGAUUGAAACCAGAUGCAGCCGCGUGUCUAUGAGCAGUGCAGGCGCGAGUGCGUACAGUAUAAACAUGACGGCAUUUACAUUAAACGGAAUGCACGUGGAAGCGUAGUUGGACGAGGUUUAAUUGAUGCGUAAUUACGCGCGGCGGAACGGUUACGCUCGUUUGGGAUUCCACCCUUAUCGCACUUCUUGCAAGCGUGUGUGUGUGUGUGUGUGUGUGUGUGUGUGUGUGUGUUGGGCGUGGCUUCUCUGUGAAAUUGAGGGUUUUUUUCCUCUUCGUUUUUUUCUUCUUGCGUUUCCCCCUUCCACUUCAAAACCGCUGCGUGGGGGGAAGUUGUGUGACACACUGCCUGCGCUUCACAGCUACAGAUGCGCUCCACAGAUAGCUCGCUGUUAAUGUAAAAACAUCCAGAGACGAUGUGCAGGUUCAUGAAGAUGGCUGGUACCGCAGCUCACACUUGUGGAAGAUUCCUGGAUUACAGCAGAAAGACUUCUUUACUCCUCUGGGACUAGAGGUAGCGUUGCGGGUGACCGUGUCUCCUGUUAUGUUCAGCCUGCAGGUUUUAGUCCUUUAACACACUUUGCUGAGAUGAGUCCGUUCUACAUCGUGAUUGAAGUAGUAAUCGCUGUUCUUUCCAUAUCCGGCAACAUACUGGUGUGCUGGGCUGUGUCGAUCAACACCACUCUGAAGAACGCCACCAACUAUUUUCUGGUGUCUCUGGCCGUGGCGGAUAUUCUGGUCGGUUGCCUCGCCAUCCCUUUUGCCAUCACCAUAAGCGUUGGCAUCCGUCUGGACUUCUACGGAUGCCUCUUCCUGGCCUGUUUUCUCUUGGUACUGACACAGAGCUCCAUCUUCAGCCUUCUGGCUAUUGCAAUUGACAGAUACCUGGCGGUGAAGAUUCCUCUGAGGUACAAGGAGUUGAUGACGGGAAAGGCUGCCAGAGAGAUCAUCGCAAUUUUAUGGAUCCUCUCCUUUGUCAUUGGUCUUAUCCCCUUCUUUGGCUGGAACUAUAAGUACUCGAGCUGCAGGAGCAACAGCUCUGCAGCGGAUAACACUACGAACGCUGACCUUGUGGAGGGGCUAACAGGCGGAGGAAACUUACUACAAAGCUGCAGGCUCAGGUGUUUCUUUGAGAGUGUGGUGGACAUGCACUACAUGGUCUACUUUAAUUUCUUUGUCUGCGUGCUGCUGCCACUGCUCAUCAUGCUGGGCAUCUACCUGAAGAUCUUCACAGUGGCCAGGAAGCAGCUGAGACAGAUCGAGCUUAAAUGUGUGGGCAACGGGGACAGCCAUCACCACGGGUUGCUGCAGAAGGAGAUCCGGGCCGCCAAGUCCCUCUCCAUCAUUGUGGGACUGUUCGCCAUCUGCUGGCUGCCUGUCCACAUCCUCAACUGCCUCACGCUGUUUUAUAAGGAGCUGUAUAAACCACCACUUGUCAUGUAUGUUGCCAUCAUUCUGAGUCAUGCCAACUCCGCGGUCAACCCCAUCAUCUAUGCUUACCGCAUCCAGGACUUCAGAAACACCUUCCGCAAGAUCCUGGCCCAACACUUCCUGUGCCACAGAGAGGAGCUGUACCUCAGCUCCAACGGCAGCAGACACAACAGAGACCAGAUCCACAUGACCAUCGACCCUCUGCUAUAGAGAGAGUCGUGACUGGGGCGGAGUAUUAUCUGUCAACUCUGUUGUUUCAGUCUUGAAUUUCAUGUUCACUGAGGUUUAUAAUGUUUACAGAACAAGGGUAUGAUAUGUGAAGAUGAAUCGAUGUCAAAAGCGCCUUGAAUGUGGACAUUUAUUUAUAAAUCAGGGGUCAAGCAGUGAAAUGUUGAAUGGCGAGUCUUAUGUAACUAUUGUAUUGUGAAGGAUUUCUGAUUUAAAAAACAUGUUGAAGCUAACUGGAUUUGUAGGACUGUGAACACGAUCCAAACUACAUUCUAUCAUGCUAUUUAUCAUUCUGAAUCCACCUUGUUUCAACUCCAAACACUCCUUUUUUUGCCCUGCUAUUUUAUAUUGUCAGCAUUAAGUGCCAGUGUUUAUUAAUUUAUUUAUUACAAGAACGUAUCUUUUGAGAAUGUAAAGAUCAAAAAACUUGGUGUGGCUAGAUCUGUACUUGUGGACCUAGAGAGGUACAUUAGCAGUAGUCUGCAUCUGUGGUUAUUUUUGGCUCGGUGGCCCUUUAAUAUGAAUUCAUACUCGUGACCAUCACAGACUCAAUGUACAGACAUAAGUAAAGAUUUUCUUUAUCAGUAUAACAACAUUGUAUAGCAGAAAUCUUCUUGAGCUGUUGCUAUAACUAAGUGCCAGUACUGUCCUGUUGCUGCACCAGUGACUCCUCUACAAAAAAUGUGGUCAGGCAGACAGACACGGGAGUCUACAGAGGGGGGAAAAAGACGGGACUCUUCUACAUACAUGGAGAAUGCCAACAACUAAAUUAGAAUAAAAUAAACAAGAAAGAAAAGAAAUGCUUUGCCUAUUGCAUGAAUAAUCCCCGAUAGUCACAGGAGUCUCAAGAUCAGUUUAUGACUAAGAGCCAGAGAAAAGCAUGAUUUGAUUCAGUCACACAGACUUAUAGGGAUAGUUCAUCUCAAAACCAAAAACACAUGUUUCUCCUCUUACCUGUAGUGCUAUUUAUCAGUCUAGAUUGUUCUGGUGUGAGUUGCCGAGUUGGAGGUAUCAGCUGUAGAGAUGUCUGCCUUCUCUCCAGCAUAAUGGAACUAGAUGGCACUCAGCUUGUGGUGCUUAAAAUGCCAAAAAAACCAACAUGUUUUUCUGCAUCACCGUGCAGAAGGAAGAGUGCAUCUGCUCUUGGACGAGAGGCUUGUGCUUGUGAAAGCAUGAGAUGUACAUAUUAAUGGCGUUCUCCUCAGCUGAUUUGUUACAUUUGCUGGCUCAGUGGCGCUAGGUGAGUUAGCAGUAGAUGCACACUUCCUUCUGUGUGGUGAUACAGUUGGUGGGUGUAGUUGGUGGAAAUAAAACAGUUCCUACAUGAAACUGCUCACAACAAGGUCAGCGGAUUGUCUUGAAUAACCAGGUCGUGAUUUCUGGAAAGAGACAUUGCUGUUGAGUUUUUCACAUGUUUUUUUCAGCACUUCAAACACCACAACCAGAGAGCCAUCUAGUUCUAUUAUAUUGGAGAGAAGGCAGACAUCUCUACAGCUGAUAUCUCAAACACUCUUCAUCUCACACUAAACUGAUUGAUAAAAAAAACACCUCAGUAAGAAAAGAUAUGUGUUUUUGAUUUGGGGAUGAAGUAUCUCUUGAAGAAGUAGUUUAGCAAAACUGUAGUGCUGCUCCAUAUAAUUGCCAUGUUAACAUUUCUUAAGACAGAACUCAGGAAGUGGGAAACUUAUAAUAUCCUUUAAAGAAAAAUGGUGUCUGCACAGGGCAUUUUCAGCUGCUUUGUUACGAGCCAAGAGAUGACACACUAUAACGUAGACAAGCAAAUGUCAUAUCUGAUACUUAAAAUCAAUUUACAUUAUUCCUCAUCACCAAUGUCCUGGUACACACGUAUGCUUGCAUCACGUAAAACACCACUGCUUUGAUUCAGUUGGGUGUAUAUGAAUGUCACUUGCCUCCGGAGUCCAGCUGACAACAUCCCCUCCGCCCUCAGACAGUGUGUCAGCUGGGAUCCUGAGGCUCCCAUCUGCCCUUUUAGUGCAGUCAUUCCCCCCACAAGCUGCUGAAAUCACUGACUGAACUGAGAUGAGCUGUUUCAUUUGAGAAAACAGUUUUGACGGUGAAACACUAAAAUAUGUUGCACUGAGGAUUCGGUUUAAUCAAAAUCCUAAUGAGCCAACACUUAUCCAUCUUAGCUCUAAUCUCUAAUCUUAUCGGACAGACAACUAACUCCAGUAAAACCCCCCAAAAUUAUCUAAUUUUCAAGAGUGACAAAGGUAACACAAAUGGAAUUUUCUCUGAGAGGCAAACUCAACAGUGCACAUAUUCAUCAGCAUGCUAGGUUUAUGCCCGCUGUAGUGACCCAGGUAGGGGGCGUGAGCAAAAAAGGGGGCGCGAGCAAAAAAAUAUGAUAUUUGGUAUUUUGUGUAAAGCCCAAAGGCUCCGCAAGUUGUUGUGCCGCUUUGUUGUAUAACCCUGAAUUUCUGUAACUAGGUGCUUGCAGGGCUUUUCAGACAUGACUGUCACAAAUAUUGAUAAAAGCAAAUACAUUGAGAAGUAAAUAAUAAUUUAAUUUUAUUGUUAAUUAGGGCUGGGCAUUGUUUAAAAAUUUGCAAUACAAGUGCCAGUACCAGUUCCGUUAAAGUGAUACCGAUGCCAGUAAAGUGCUUAAUUCGAUACCUACAAUGUUUAUAAAGUGGUGUGACAUUAUAUCCAUACUUUUGAAUGUUUUGGUUGCAUCUCGGCACAGUAAACUGCCAACUCCAUCAGAUAUAUUGUGCUCGACUUCACCACAGACUUUAUGGGUUGUAGCUGCUGCUGCGGGAGUGAGCUCUGCGCCAGGGACAGUUAGUGAGAGUCCAACAGUGCACACAGUGAUAGGGCUAACUGUUAGCAUUAUAUGGCUAACAUUACCCAACGGUUAUUAAAUGGUUCAACGACAGAGCUGAACCAGAUCGGUGUCUGUAUGAGUUUGCUGGAACUAGGUUAAUGGUGCAGUGUUUGACAUUAGUGCUGCUGCUGUGUUAGCUCAUGCUAGCCAGGCAGACAAACUCAGCACCAGAAGCACCAGAAAGUCUGCUGAUCCGGUGAGGAGUUGAGAACCUGUUUCAGAGUCAGUGUGAGUUUCCUAGGAUUGUUUAACGGCUCAGUGUUGGAUAUUAGCUGCUACUACUGUGUUAGCUUGUGCUAACUGGGCACGUUGAACUUGACCGUUCGAACUGUCCUGACGAUCUGAGAUCAGACCCCCGGCACAAAAAGUUUGAAUGCAGGUAUCGUUUGACUGAAGACGUUUCAAUACUACUUGGUACUGGGUUACUUCAGUUGAUUCCUUGAAGGUAUUGAGUUGCGAUACCCAGCCUUCCUAUUAUUAUGUCUCAGGAUUUUCGAAAGAUUUUAAAAAUCUAAAUUUCGGUAAAUAUUUUGCCAGCUGAUACUCAACCUUUCAACCUCAGUUUCGUAUUAAUACAUUUGUUGUUCCAAAUAUUUAACUCCUAAGGGGUACUGAACUCAUUAAUUCCUCCUCAGCAUUGAAAGGCUGCAUGUUUGGUCAAUGGCGUCUUGCCAAUAACACUUGUCGACUUCUUGCCUCUUCACGGCAUAUUUUGUUUGCCGUUUCGGAUCGCCUGAUAUAAGACAGAAUUGUCAACUCGUUACCCUCAGUUUUCACCCUCAAUGUGACAUCAAAUCUAUUCAAACUGAUUUUCAUCGGGGAGGGCAAUUCAAUUUUCAUUCAUACACUUGAGACCCCGGUAUCCGCCUGAAUCUAACAUCAUUUUAAGUCCACACUGAUGCGCCAGUUUUUGUCCUGGGUUUUAAAAGUGGAGCAAGAUGAAGUAAAACAAACUACAAUGUUGGUCGAUAUUGAGAAGACAAGUUAAUUUAGAACAGCCUCGAUGACAGUGUGUAUCUUGUCUAUAGCGCUCAUCACUGUUAUUAUUACUGCUCAUUGGUUCUAGGCCAUCGCUUGACAACAGCAUUACCUUGCCCCUGGCUAACUGAGACCCCCCGCUGCAUUCACUGGUUGUUUUUUAUUUUAACCAAGAAACAGCUGUUCAUGUCAAGAUGCCAGAUCAAUCAGUCAACUUUAACUCGGUGGAGUGGGCACAUUUCGGAGAAUACUGCAACAAGCAAUGCGCUGAGCACAAACACCUUUGUGCUUGCUCGUAGCGCCAUCUUUGGAGGUCUGCGCCACGGUGUCUCACGUGAGUAUAUAUAAGUCGUCAUAGUUUGAGGGAACACAGCUGCAGCACUGCUUUCCACUGAGUCAAAUCUUAAAGCACCUGAUGCUUUGCCUCUUCUCUGCAGGGCUACAAGGCUUUUUGCAGAAAACAAAAACAGGUCUUGAUGAAUUCAAUCAGAGCAGGGUAAAGUUUUGUUUGGAGUAUCGUAAUUUAUGUGAGGGGGGGAAAAAAAAAACGGUGAAUUUGGUUACCUGAGAGCCAUCACUACACAAAUGAAAACACAUUGCACUGACAUUUUCAAUUAUUUCCCGUUUUGUGUGCUUCAUUGGUGGUGUUGAACCAUGUUGUGUUGGUGUUAAACAAGUGUUCUUCUUAAGUUGCCUCCACUGCUUUACUCUCUCCCCUCAUGUGUGUCCAGUGUACCAACUCUGACUAACUUCAAGGGCUAAAAUACAGGAGUGUGCCAAAGUUUUAGUACAUUCCAAUGGAGACAUCUAUACUGUAACUGCACUGUAACGUUGUAUUAUUGUGUUUGUUGACUGAUGUGUAAAAAUAUAAGUACUGUAGGUGUCCGCCUCUCUACAAUCUAUUGAUUGAUGUCAAACUAUUGCCUUCUUUUGUGAUUUUGAAGUUAAGACAGACAAUAACAAGUUGAUCUAGUUCAACAUUCCUGCCUUUCAUUCCGAAGUAUCUGUCAAUGUGGUGUAGUGUUGUUACUAAUCAGGAGAAACAUCCACUGUGGUCAAACUGAUGUUCAACUUUUCCAGAGGCCGUUCUCUCUUUCAUUCAACAAGACUUCAACUGAUACUGCUAUUUAACAUGAUGCAAUCUGUAUGUACGGUGAAAUAUUUUGUUAAUAAAGGCAAUGUUUAUAUUGUUGUUUAUAUUGGUCAGUCUUUAUUCCUACAUUUUCAAUUUUAUGUUAUAUGACAAUGUAUAAUUACAUUGUUCAUGUUUUUCUAAAGUUGGUUCAGCAUGCAGACGCUCACUGCUCGCAUAUGGAGGAGGGAAAGUGCCAAAAUUGAAAAAAUUAAACAAUUUUUGAUAAAUAAA